UUGUUCCCCUUUUAAUCUACUCUACACAAUGAUGACUCCCAUAGCCAAAACUUUCUAUGAUCUCAGUGCCACUGAUCUCCAAGGGGAGAAAGUGGAUUUCAACAAUUUCAGGGGAAGAGUGGUUUUGAUAGAGAACGUGGCAUCUUUCUGAGCCACCACAGUGAGGGAUUACACCCAGAUGAAUCAGCUGCAGAGCAAAUACCCUCGACGGCUGGUUGUACUGGGUUUUCCUUGCAAUCAGUUUGGCUACCAGGAAAACUGCACAAAUGAAGAGAUCCUUCCUAGCUUGAAAUAUGUGAGGCCCGGGUCUGGGUUUGAACCCAACUUUACUCUUUGUCAGAAGUGUGAAGUGAAUGGCAACAACACCCACCCUGUAUUUGCCUACCUGAAGGAUAAACUCCCUUACCCAGAUGACGAUCCAUCCUGCUUCAUGUUGGAGCCAAAGUUCAUCCUGUGGAGCCCCGUGCAUCGCUACGACAUCUCCUGGAACUUUGAGAAGUUCCUGGUGGGACCUGAAGGAGAACCUUUCAAGCGCUACAGCUCCAAGUUUGUCACUAGCAGCAUUGAGCCCGAGAUCCAGCGCCUCUUGAAGCUUGCCAAAUAAGAAAAAAAGCAGAACCCACCAACAUUAUUUAAGUAGCCUUUACAUAAGUCAGAAAAAUGACUAGGGAUUCCUUGCCUUGUAAUCAGAAGUUUCUCUUCUCCUGAUAGAACCACUGAAAGAAACAGGCAUGCUUAAUUUUCUCUCUCUCCCUCUUUUUUCUGAGUGUUUGAGGUGCUUCAUCCUGGCAGAGGCAACAUCAGACUUCUACUGAAUGACAGUCUCCUCUAAAAGCUUCAAGGAGGAGGCUUGAAAAGUGUAAAAGUAUUGAUUCCUUGGCUCUCUCAUUUGCUGGGUACUGUUGAUUUUACAAGUCAAAUAAAUGAGUUGAAGAACUUUCUGCUCUGUUUUUUUUUUAAAUGAAGUUGCCAUUUAUAACAUCCAUUCUGGAAAACUUUUUUGGGGGAAAAAAAUUCACACCUCUACUUCCUAUGCUUGCCUUCAGAUACCCCAAUUUCUUCUUGGUUCCUUAAAUUACUCUAGGAUCAGGGGUGAAAUUC